CUUCUCCUCCUCGCAGCUAGCCUGUCAGCCCCUCCCCUCUUCCUCCUUACACGACCCGUGCCCUCUGUUCCUUGCUACGACCUUCACGACCACCCGCUUUCGUUGAACAGGUCCACUCACGAUGAAGCCGAGAGAAUACUGCUGCUGUGCCAUUCCCAUCGUGUACUCGGGCAUCUACACGGCUCUCUUUGAGCAGUUCUUGCUUGGUGCCGUCGCUGGCACGCUCUCAAUCGCUACACCAUCGAUCGUCGGUGCAUCAACCCCCUCCUUCGCAAAGGUGUUAUUCGCCAUCGUGUGCUAUGUUGGCGCUGCUAUUCAGCUCAUGGGCAUCUUCGCCGUGCGGCAGGAGCGGCCCAUAUUCUUCCGCCGCUACGUUACCUUGCACACCCUGAUCACAGUAGCAGCAUUCGCCAUCGCCGCAGCAUGGAUUAUUGUAUCCGCUACCCGCCACUCGCAGGCCGAGGACAAGUGCAUCGCCGACUUCUUCGCGGGCACCGUAUCCGCGACCAACUCUGAGGGCUCAACGCUCUGCAACAUCUUCCCUUGGGCCGACGUCGGUAUUAUGGGCGGCCUUUGGGUACUGUUCGCUAUCGUGCAGACCUACCUGUACAUUGUUAUAUCAUCAUUCGGCAAGGGCCAGCGCCGGGACCACUCCAAGUACCAGUCCCUCUACGAGUCGUCUCGCUCGCUGAACAGCAUUCCCUUGAUGGAUCGUGCGACGGUCAUGGCCGACAAGGUCCAGGGCUACUCCGACUACGACUACUCCGCACAACCCCCCGCCCACGCGUACACCCAGGAACCUGGCCCGACCCCCCGCGCCUACGACAACUACUACGAUGCCGACGCACAGACCGGCGUUGGCUACCCGCAGCGCAGUCAGGCCCAUCCUGCGGAAGGAUCGUUCAGGCGCAAGACCCCGAGGGUGGAGAAGCCGGGAUCUCAGGACUAUAACAACAAUACAUACAGUGCAUAUCCACAAUACGGCUCCCAGUUUUAAGCACCCCCUCGUACUUGCUGUUCUUGUGUAUAGUUCUCGCCUGGCACGGACAUUACACGGACAUUCGAUUUGUUUCGUUCUAUGUAUGAAAGACACUUUCAUCGUCGACGGCCGUGGUGCCCGUACGUGAGACAUUAUAGCAAACGUAUCAUGCGCCGCGAGUCACGGCUAGUCAAUUAUUUGGCCGUCCCAUCGUCCGAUAUCUAACUGUACGUGCCGUGCUUGUGCUAUUUGUGUCCAGCGCUCCUGCCGCCCCUCCUCCGUCAUCAGCUCUUGUCUGAACCACAGGCAUACUUGUAGGUACGGUGUCUCGCGGAGCAAGACUCUCCGCUCGAUCGCGUCACAGAGCCCCCGUUCCGCCUCCUUGAGCGGUAUCGCAUACCACGCGUUGAUGACCUGCAGCUUGAACACGGCCAGCCCCGAUGGGAGCGACUCGACGAAGUUGCUCUGCGCCUCGUUCACGGUCACCAGGCUGAGCGCGAAGUACUCCAGCGCAGGAAGCGCCUCCAGACAGUGCGACACGACCGUGCUCGAGAGACGGCUGCACCCGCGCAGGACGAGCGUGCGCAGGUGCGCCCCGUGGCACGCGACGAGAGACUCCAGGUGGUUGUUGCGCAGCUCGAACCCGAGCCGGUGCCCGAGCACGUACGUGAAGGCGUCCAGGCGCGCCCCGGGGAAGCACUCGUCGAUCGUGUGGCGGUCGAAGAAGGUGCCGAUGACGCCGUCUAGGGCGAGCUCGCGCAGAGCGGGCGCGCGCUGUGGCCCGCCGCGGUUUCCGGGGGCAACGACGAUCUCGCCAGAGAGCCGCAGGGAGACAAGCGCGGUUGGGGGGACGGUGUCGAAGAGUUCCACUCGCGUGUCCGGGUUGAGGUGCUGCUCGUACAGACGUAGGGCAGGUCCGCCCUUGGGGAACAGUGCCCGCUCGAACCCUAGACGCAGUUGAGGAGGAUACCUGCGCGGGUUUGUCGUGCUCUGGAGCGCGGGCGGGAGGCCCUGCCGGCACUGGAAGACGCGGAGGCGCGCGAGCGCGGUCAUGCGGGCGAGCGCGAGGUGCAGGCUUGACAGCGGCAGGUCUUCUUCCUUAUCCGGACCCGUUGUGCGCCAGAUGCGGCCGUCAUUCGCGACGUCGGCCCAUGAGACCUGCGCCGUAAGGGUUGGUGGCGCGUCCUGCAGAAAGGCGCGGAUUUGGAACUCGUUCGCGAGGGAGACGUAGCGCCGGAGGAUAGAGCCUGCCUCCUGCUCUAUCUGGCGACAUGUGUAGAGGAGGCGGAGGUGGGCAUUUGUAGGCUGGGUCUUCGAGUGGACACGCUGAUGUGUGACGAGGAAGUCCUCGUAGAUCUGCAGCCGUAGCUCGACCGGGAGAUGGAGGAGGGCGAUAUGCGGCAUUAUGCCAGCUGUAUGCACCUUCUAGCUGACGCUGUACGCCCACUCCGCGGCCAAUUAGGGUUGCGAGCAAGGGUGGUCUAGCUGGAGAGCGUGAGCGACCG